AUGAAGUAUGCUAAGACGGUCGCUGAGUUGGAGUCCCAGGUAAAUCACUACAUGGAAUCAGCCUCGAAGCUGCAGAGCGAGGUCGACCGCCUUCUCAACAUGAUUCGCACCUGUGAUUCUGACAAGCUUGACAAGGAUAACCAGAUUCAUGAGCUUGAAGAACAGCUUCAUGAAGCUCAAAAUCAAAUCGGAAGCCUUAAAAGAUCCCAACAGGCAGACCGGAAGAAAAACAGUCAGGUGCUAGAUGAAGCCCGUCAGAGGGCUGAUACGUUUCAAAACGAUGCCGAAUUACUUAAGAACGUGAUUGCUGAAAAGGAGGUGAGAGUACGAGAACUGGAACAGGCUCUUCGUGAGAGCGUCAGACUGACUGCUGAGAGAGAGGCGCACGUUGCAUCUCGAGAAGAUUCGACGCGGCAGUUAGAGCAUCAGUUCCAAGGCUACAUCCCUGAGUUGGAAAGACUCUGUCGCACCAAUCAGGAGGCAAAUUUGCGGAUCGCUGCUCUCGUCAAAUUGGUUCAAGGUGAUGAGGAGCACUUGACCGAGCAGGACAAGUCAGCGUUGGCCACAUUUCCACUCUACCCGAGUCUUGCGCAUAAAACGGCGGUAUCUACAGGACCACUGGCAAAGACGCAGACACGUCUAGGUCAUCCAUCAGUCCCGGGGGCGGGCCAGACCGGUUUCCUAGCCCCCGGCGGUAGUAUCUCUCCACACCUCAGCGGUAGCGCUUUCCAUCUGAUCGGAUCCUCCUCUGCCACAGCUGCUGCUACUGCUGCAACACUGACAGCGGGAGGCAUCAACUUACCUAUGCAGAGCGCCGACUCUAUUCUACUGGGCAGGCUGUUGCAUGAGAAAGAGACAAUGCUACAACAACAACUGCAAGACUUGACACGUCUUCGCUUCCAAAAUUCAGAGAUGGAAGUGAGAAUAAAGUCACUCCAACGGGAACUUGAUAACAAGACUUCACGACUGAAUGCGCUUGAGGUUGCUCAGACCAGCUUGCAGGAGCGUGAAAAUGAACUCAUCCGAGUGCAACGCACGCAGACUAAAUUGAAUUCGGAUUUGGAGAGCCUACAGAAGAAGUAUCACACGGUUAUUGGACAACUUACGGAGAAAUCGGACAGGCUGCAGCAAAUGGGACGAGACUGUGCAAGACAAAAGGUGGAGAGUGCCAAUGCUAAAAAGAAGACGCAUAGCCUUGAAAGCGAAUUGAAAUCGCUGCGUGAGGAGAUUACGUAUAAAGAUGAGAGACUGCGCCAAUUGCAAGUUCAACACGCAGAGGAACUUUCGAGAAUGCGUUCUGUGCAGCAAGAGCAAGGAAGUCGGUUGAAUCAUCUGCAAUUGACGAUCGACGAGAAGGACCAUGAGUUUAAGACAGUUCAGGGAGACCUGGAUAAAACGAAAUCCGAUUUGGAGUAUACGAAGAAUCGACUCCAAGAGGUUGAGACAGAGAGGACUCAGAUUAACAAUGAGUUGGCUGAAAAGGUAGAUAAACUCCGAACUCUGGAACUUGAAUGUGAAAGUCGGGCCGAUGAGAUGGCUCGACUUCAAAGCAGUCUAGAGGAGAGUAAAUCAAAGGCGAGUAUUUUGCAGAAGCGCGCUGAUGAACAGGAGCAGAGGUUAAGAAAGAUAGAGAAUGAAAACGUGGAAUUCCCACAAACUCCGUCGGCGGAGGUAGAAGAAUUGCACUUAGCUGUGAAACAUUUGAAAGGUGAACUUGGAAGAAAGAACUCACAGGAGCAAAUGUCUGCUCUGAACCAGAGCCUGAAUGAGAUGAAUAUACAGAAUGAGGGCUUACAGAGGGAGGUUCAACAGUCCUCAGGCCGAAUUCAGGAGCUAACUCGGCAACUUCGUGAAACACAGACAAAUUGUGACUCAAUCGCAAUUCAGCGAGACAACCUUCAAAAUAGGCUGGAACAGCUACAGCAAUCGGGUGGAGGAAUGCGGUCCUACAACAUCAGCGGUGGUAGUUAUUUAGGCCGACCGGCCUCAGUGGCUGCCGGCUACUCCGAUCUGAUGCUUCUUACAACUGGCGGCACCAGCAGUGGCAGUAUAACGACGGGAGUGCAGCUCUCCCGUGAACUCGCCCGUUUACAUAGGGAACAGGAGGUGAUGCGGGAUCAAUUGGACACUGCAGAGCGCUCCACACGCCAAUUCAAACAGGAGGCAGAGGCGGCGAAAUGCGAAGCCACUCGGCUACGGGAGGACUUACGCCAACAGCAGGAAACUGUGAAGGAAAUGAAGGAGAAUCUACGCAACAGUAAGGAUGAAGCGCAAGAUCAAGUUGCAUUCGAAAGAAAUCAGCAACAACGUUUGAGUUACGAAUUGGAGACCAUAAAGAAGGAACUCAGUAUUCGCGAAAAUCAGUUCAUUCAACUUACACAAAAGUUUGACCAAUCACUGAAGGACGCCAGCGACCAAUCACAAGUGAUCAAAGAGCUCUCACGUCAGCUGGAGGCGGCGAAGACGACGCAGCGGGCAGCAGUGGAGGUGGAAAAUGCGCACCACCAGGCCGCAGCGUGGGCCACCGAGCAGUCGGCCAACGCGGAGCAGAGUCAGCAAGACCAUGAAACCAUGGCCGCCCUGAAGGCCGACCUCCAGAACGUCAUGAAGGCCAAGGAUACAGCUGAAAAGAGGAUACAGAAGCUAGAAAACGAUUUGCAAAACCAAACCAAAGCCCUUGACGUAGCUGUUGAGCAGGCACACAUUACUGCGGAAGUUUGUCCUGCGAGCCAGAGUUUGAAGAAAGAAGUGGAUGUUUUGAAAAAGGAGCUUGACAAGCGAGACGUCGUAAUCACAAAAUUGGAAAAAGAAUGUCAAAAGAACGGUGGUGCUGCUGAAUUGGAGAAGUUACAGGCGGAGCACGCGCGCUGUUCGCAGCAGAUUCAGCAGAAGCAACAACAGCUCGAAACACUGAUGAAGCAACUUGAACAGCAGGCUGAGGAAAUUCUCACCACAAAGUAG